AUGGGACAUCGCUGUCUGAACGUGGACACUGUGGUUGCCGGGGACGACAGCCUGGACAGGAAGAAGCCGACAGCCAUCGAUGGGCGUCGCCAAACAAUGAGCUGCAACGCCGACCCGCGGCCAGCAGGGGGCACCAUGGAGCGGCGACACACCAUCUGUGGAGUGGACUGGAGGCCGUCACUGUCCAGGAGUACCAGGAGAAGAACCUGAGCGUGGACCGGGGGGGUGGAGGGGGGAGGAGGGGGAGGAGGGGGAGAGAGAGGAGGAGGAGGUAGUCUGGAGAGGAAGAGGGUGGGAGGCAGCUGGGAGAAGAGGCAGCAAACACGUAAACCUGGAGGCAGCUGGGAGAACCGCAGGGCGAGGCCCGUGAGCGGGAGCUGGGGGGUGGGGGGGGGAGGAGCUGGGAGCUGGGAGAGGAGGAUGGAGGAGGGGGGGGGAGGAGGGGGAGGAGGAGGGGGCAGCUGGGAGAGGAGAGGAGGAGGAGGAGGAGGAGGAGGAAGCUGGGAGCGACGACAGGCCUGCACAGGAAGCUGGGAGCGGGGGAAGAGCUACGGCAGCUGGGAGAGGAGGAACCACAACCCGCUGGAGCCCACGCCCCGCCCGGACGCCUACUGCAACCUGGUCAUCCUGGCUGUGGACAACCGGGACGCUGCAGAGGAAUACUGUUCUCUGAUCUGUCAGAUGUUCCAGAUCAUUUAUGGCCAUCAGACCAUUGAGUGUGUGGACAGGGCGGGGUUUCACCACACCAUGCCGGACCGCUAUUGGCUGCAGAGGAGUGACAGUUGUUUGAGCGACAGUUCGUUCAGUUAUGAUCCAGAGUUCAGCUGCUGCAGCUCCUAUGAUGGCUCCCAGGAAGCCUUCGAGCUGUACUACAGUGAGACGUACAGUGAGAGCUCCUCAGUGUCUCUGCACGAGUCUCGUCACAGUCUGACCUCAGCCAAUGAGCAAGGAGACAGUGACCCCGCCCUGCUGCUGAUGCACGAGUACAUGAUCACACUGAGAAACAAGCUGAGUGCAGUGGAGCUGCAGCAGUUUGCUGUGUUACUGAGAGAAUACAGACUGGGAUCAAACAUCCACCACUUCUGCUCCGAGCUGCUGCAGCUGUACGGAGACGACCACAAGUUCCUGCUGCUGGGCAUGCGUCCAUUCAUCCCAGACAAAGAUGUCGGAGUGUUCGAGAGUUUCCUGGAGAGCAUCGGGAUCCGAGAGGGCGGGAUUCUAACCGACAGCUUUGGACGCAUCAAACGCAGCAUGAGCAGCACAUCCGCCACGGCCAUGAGAGGGUACGACAACUCCUCUCACGCGUCAGGAUCUCAGGACUUCAACCGACGCAUCUCGGACAUCGCCCACGACAUCCAGGCGCUCGGCUUCCAGGACACACACGGAGACAUCGAGGAGGAGGACUACUACCUCUGAUGGAGGGACCCUGCCCAAGUGCCUCUGAGCAGCACCGACACGUCACACCACAUGAUUUCUCCUCAAUGUAAACGUCCUGAUGUCGGGGCCUUUUCUGAUGAUGUCACAGUAACUAAGUUAUUGAUCAGAACAAUAAAGUUUUCUUUGAUAGAUUCCACUGA